GGUUUGGUUCAAAAUGGCUGAAGAGUAACAGAUAUGAGGAUCGACGGCUUUGCCAGGUAUUUGGGGCAAAUGAGCCUGUGUGUAGUCUGAAGGCGUCCCUCCACAUAACUGGGGAUCCAGGGGGAGUGUGGAGAGGGGGGGGCAGGACCACAACCCGGGCACCACCCAGGAAGAGGAGGAGCGAGGGAGCAGCUGAGGAGGAACAAUCAUCAAGUUGAACAGAAGGUUAAUGGGUGUAACCAGACCAAUCAUUCCCCAGCACUGAGGAGAUAGGACUGUGUAAGACAUGUACAGACUAACAUGCAAGACUAUGUUCAAGUUGGUAGCAAGUGAGACCAGACCUUCAGAUGAAGAGCCUUCAGUUCCGGAGCAUUGCCCCUAAGGCUCCGGCCGUGGUGCCCUCCCCCUCCCCUGCGGUCCUGUCCUGCCAGCCUCCCUCUGCCCUCCCCGAAGCUACCACCGGCUCCAGCCCUAAGUCCAUAAUUGUACCCACCCAAAACUAUGCACUGAUGCAAAUAGCAGGUCAGGAUGGCACAUUCUCCCUGGUGGCACUGCCCCCUUCUGUCUCCUCUCAGACACCACAGCAACAACAGCAACAAACCCAAUCAGUUCAAAAGAACCUCAAACUGCCCAUUCCCAGGUACCAGCCAGUGAGGAGCAAGGGGACCACAGAUAAGAUAAAAUCACCACCGACAGCUGCUAAAAUGAAAACGGCCGCCAUGGCUACUGUUACAUUGCAGACUAAGGUGGCGGUGGGUGGGGUAUCAUCAGUUAUGAAUAUAAAACAGGAGUCCAAGCACACAAAGGAAACCCUAGUGCCCAAAGAGGAACCUUCAGAGCAGGUCAUUCUGAUUGACCCAAGCUCCUCUGAUAUCUCCGUCACAGCACUGCUCCCAGAUAAUGCUGUCCUGUAUCCCAGCUCUCAAUUGGAGCGAGCACCAGAUGGUCCUGAACGACCUGCGACAACUGGUCUUAUUCAGAACCUUCAGUAUCCUCCUAUUGCUGUCAAAAGCUCCCUGGGCAAAUCCUUAGAGGAAAGUAAGACCACAUUGAGGCUGUGCCAAUCUAAACCCACUGCACCCCAGCCCCAGAGCAGCAUCACUGUUCUGUCUCCAGCCAUCUUCAGCAAAGCAGUCCAGAUUAUCCCGUCUCCACCUAAGGGUAAACUUCCUAUUCUGCCAUACGCUAAAAUGAAAGGUGCCCUCAUCCCAGCUGCCAAGCUCAGCAAUUUGUCCCCUGAAAAGAAGGGUUUCUCUUUACAGACAGGGCACACCAGCCCCAUAGAUCCUACACCCAAGACCCUAGAGCCAGCUGAAGCCUUGAGUCACAACCAAGGGUCAGACUGUGCUCUACAGACCCAGGCAAAAAACUCUUUCAUCCCUGUGUUGGGGAUCCUCCAGAAACCACCUGGCAAGAAGCGAGGGAGGAAGAGAAAGACAAUUGAAGACAUCUUGGCAUUUGAGGCCCGAAAGAAAAGGUCCUUGUCGUUCUUCCGUAGAAGGGUCCCAGAGAAACCUCCAGCAGGUGUUCAAGGCUCCAAACAAAAAGAGGUCGAUAUUUCAAAGAAGUACCGGAGCAUCCGACCCAAGCCACUGUUGGUUAUGGAAACAGUUCCCCAGCUUGUUAGUUUGCCUGCAAUUGCCUCAGAUGGCCAGGAACAGGAGCUAAUACUUGGUCACCAGUUUCCCACCACUACCACAACCAAGGCCCUUGACUAUCCUCCCCAACCAGCCCCAGUAGCCCUCCAUCUAAGAGCUGCUUCCCAUGCUAGAGUGUUCAUAGGCAGCCGACCACUCCACCGUUGUCCUACUUGCAGCCGCUGUUUCCAGUUCAAGCACCACCUCCAGAGCCACAUCAACAGUCACACCAACAGUCGACCCUAUGUCUGUCCAGUAUGUCGCAAAGCCUACGCUCACUCUGGCAGCUUGAGUACUCAUAUGAAGCUUCAUCACACUGAGGUGCGUCCUCGUCGGUCUCUGAGUUGUGAAUUCUGCGAGAAGGCCUUUGGAUAUGUGGGGGUGUACUUCAGUCAUCUCAAAGAGGUCCACAAGGUGGUACUGACUGUGGAGCCAUCCAUCAGCCACCAUGAAGAUGACGUGUCUGUUGAGGGGGCUCACUCCCCAGUUCGAUCUGAUGGGCAGGACCGUGAAGAUCCUGUUGAGUUGCAGAUCAAAUGUGGUCGCUGUCAGGCGAUCACUCCUACCUUUGCUGACAUGAAGAUGCACUUGCUUUAUGUGCACAGAGAAGAGGUCAAGGUCCGACUCAAUGAUGGCCAAUCUGUGCGGGGUUGCCGUGAGGCUGAGAAUGAACUGGUAAAGCAUGCUGCCCACUACUGGCGGCAGCUCAACGAGAAACGCAACCUGGUUAAGUGCGGCAGCUGUGACGAAGAGUUUAUCUCUUUCUCCAAACUUAAGAGGCACAUCAUGUCCCACCACCGUGAAAGAGAGGGCGAUGAUAGUGGGGGUAUCUCAUCACCAGACAGAGGUGGAGGACUUGGUGUCCUUGCAGCAGGUGCAGCCUUCAACUGUGUGCUUUGCAGCAAAGUGUUGGACAGUAAAGAUGAGGUGAUGGAGCACUGGAGGAGUUGCCACCACUGUGAGCAACCUAGCCUGCUUUGGGGUGCCCUGAGCUCCUACUCUGGCCAGGGAGAAUGUGAGGCGGAUGGGGAUUUGAACACUCCUGCUCCAAGCCCACACUAGCCAGCCGAGCCCUGGGAUGGGCAUGGAGCCCUCCACCAUGGCUCCUCCUCACACACACUCGGUCCUAACAAUCAACAGCACAGGGAUAGAGAGUCUCUCUUAUGAUUUUCAGCACCAGAUUCAUCUUUCACCAGCUGAGGCAUCUGAUUUAGUCCAAAGGAAGAAAAAAAAAAUCAGGCCUGUGGUGAAAACUGAUCUUGUGUUACAUUUCAUAAGAGAUGUUCUCUUUAAGCCAGAGAAUUCAAUUUUAUAAACAAUAUUCUUUUUCAUGUUGUUUUUGAUUGCACCGUUUUUGUUUGGAGAUAUGUAUUUAAUAUCCUGUUCAAAAUUAGAUGAUUAUUUUUUUCUACUGCUUAUUUAAAGGUUACUAAAAGGGUAAUUUAUAACCUAGCUGACACAGUAAAACUGUUCAAUGUUCAUUUCACCCAAACACUUCCUGAGGUUUUAGGCCAUGCUUUAGAUUUGGUUUCAUGUGCUCAGUAUUUCUCAUAUCUUUGCUGAGAUUUCUGGCUCCAAACGAAUGAAAAACUACAUAGUUCCUACAAGUUCCAAAAUAAUAUUUCUUUUGACAUUUUAUGUUUUUUUUUAAAGAUGGUGAUAGUAGAGAGGCGAUAAGAAAAUGAAGGAGACAGAGUUACGGCUAAGGUCCUUGGUUAGAUUUAAACCAGAGAUGCAAUUCAUGACCCCUAAACAAGUUAUUUUCUUGGAGGAAAUAAGCUGUUCUCUUGUCGUUUUAAAUGCUGUGAUUUCCACAAACCAGAUUCCAAUAGAAUCCACUGUGUCGGAAUAUAUGGCAGGAAUCUACGAGAUGGCAUCUUUCUCCCUAACUGAAACUAUCACACUGAUGUGCAAGGUUGAAUACCACUCUAGAAAAGUGUGGCAAUACAUGUAUAUCUUAAUUGGAUUGACUGAUCCAUUAAAAUACUGAGACACGUAAAUCUUAUUAUAAGGGCACACUGUCUACUGUCACUCUGACCGACAAGUUAUCUAUUAGCCUUGGAUUAUUACAGCGCAAAACAAAUCAGUAUCUGCACAAUCCUGUGUGUAAUAUUCCUCCUGCAACAGAAAACCAACAUUUUGAGUCAAGACUUGAAGUUUCACAGUCUGACGAAGAGCAGUAUUAGGGUCCUCUGUCAACUCUGGCCCACGAAGGAACACUUUCCUAACCAGCACCCGAGAGACAUCCUUGUGGCCUUCUGAAAAAAAUAGUUCAUAUGUAUUGUGGCUUAUCAUCAGUAUGGUCCUCUGUAGGCCCAGUUUUAUCUGUUUGAUUUGUUGAUUAAUGCCUAUAUGUGUAUUCUAUGAUAUGCCAAGGGUCUAUUCACACUAGUGAUUGUAGAAGUGAAGCUUGUUAACCACUGACGGAUUACUGUUAAUUUAGUAAGUACGCAAAGGAAACCAUCAAAUUGCCUACCUGUCGUUGCCAGCUCAUGUACGCACCUGUGGAACUGUGCGCACCCAGGCUCAAUUAUUAUAGUUAAUAUAAACCGUUGUCAAGUCCAGAAAAAUAUGCUAUUUUAUAUUAUAGAUAAAGUCAGAUCUUUUAGUAUAUUUAUGCUUGUGGUUGGUCCUUAAAGAACCGGCACUGAGACAUUUGAUUUCUUUGCUUCUUCUUAUUCGGGGUUGCUUAAUGUCUUGUUUCUCAGUUGGGAGGUAGGAAGUAGCUUGUGUGUGUUUAUCUUUCGUAUAAAGAAAAAAAUAUCACAGGGUCAAGUGAAUGUACCUGAAUGUUUUAAAAACCCUACCAAAAGUAUAUGCUAUAUAGACUUAUUCUAUAGAUAGAAUAAAAAGAUAUAUUGAGAAAAAAACCAUAUAUAUAUUUACAUAGAGUAACUAGUGAAUCAGCUGCUUUGUUCUGUCACAGUGGAGGAGGGAAGCAAGAGAGGAAUAUAUAUAAUUGCCAAACCAGGCAACAAAAGCCAUGCAGAGCUGUCCUUAUGUGUCUGACACAAAGCGUGGGACUGUGAAUGAAGGGCAAAGCACUGAUGUGUACGUGUCGCACUGAGUGGGGAAACUCCAGUUUACUGUACUACUGUUCAUUGAAUACCAUGGUAGAGUGUUCAUCAGUGACCUGUCCUUUGUUUUCAUGACCUCAACCCAAACCAGGAAGUGACAGAAUUAAGGUUCAGACUCUUCUUUCCUCAGUUAGUUGAGAGACUUACAUGACUGUCAGCACAAGUCCGAAAGUGAGAAAAAAAAAAAUCCUACGUUUAGGUGAUAAAUGUUUUUGGCUCAAUUGUUGACUGUGUCAAAAAAAGAAAAAGACUGAAAGUGUUUGUGUUUGUGAGUGUUUGUGUUCCUGAAGAACCUGAUGUUUAUCAGAAUAAAGAUAUGCUUUGUUGAA